AAUGAAGAAAUUUUAUCGGUAUAAGCAGAGAGGAACGAUUUCUCUCUGGUACGAGGUUAGGAGUGGUUACGAGUUAAUUGAACUUUUAUUUCCAAGCAAGUGUUCUUAUAAAACGUUGAAAAAUGUCAAAGAUGGGUAGGAUGAAACUCAAGAAAGUAGUAGAAAAAAUCGACCAUUCAUCAAAAUUAUGUGUAAAUAUUGGUGCAGGCAUGGCAUCGCCUGCACCACCACUUGGUCCUCAACUAGGACAGAGGAAUAUUAACAUUGCAAAUUUCUGCAAGGACUUCAAUCAAAGAACAGCCGAUAUCAAGGAAGGUAUUCCUAUGCCAUGCAGAGUCAAAGUACAUUCAGAUAGAACAUAUGAUUUAGUGAUUCAUAAGCCACCAGCAACAUACUAUUUAAAACAAGCGGCUGGUAUACAAAAAGGAAUGAUAAAAAAAGGUGAUGUAGCUGGCAAAAUCACUCUUAAGCAUCUAUACGAGAUUGCCAAAAUUAAAUCUGAAGACCCACCUCUGGCAUUAAUGACACUGGAGCAAGUUUGUCAAAUGUUGGUUGGUAUUGCUCGCACAUGUGGUAUUGAAGUCGUGCGGGAAAUAGACCCAGUUGAGUACGCUGAAUUCUUAAAAAACAGAGAAGUGAUUCUCACGGAGUUCCGCGAGGAACUUCGAUUAGCCAAAGAAACAAAAGUGCUUAGGACUAAUAUAUAAACAUGAACAUAUACCAAACUUUAUACUGUUGUAUUGCACAUAUAUAUAUUUAGUGAAAAUGAGAAGAUUAUAUUAAAAACAUUUUUGUGUACUAUUUACUUGCGGAAGAAACGUAUUUCGAUGAAUGACUUUCUACAAGAAAUUUUAACCGAAUAUUAUCGUUUGACGCAUCGCAUUUUUAGAGAAUAGUAAAAAUAAUUAAAAACUUAA